AUGGCGUUUGGCACAAUGACGUCUUUGCUUGGCAUGAUCCCGCUGCUGGCGAUCGGCAUGAACUUCUAUCGCUAUCAAAGCGUCGAUCCCGAGAACAAGGUCCAGGAGCCAACCGUCAUACGUCGCCAAUAUGAUUUCGUGGUGAUUGGCGGAGGAUCCGCCGGAGCCGUGGUGGCCAAUCGCUUGAGUGAAGUGCGCAACUGGACGGUUCUGCUCCUGGAGGCCGGCGGCGAUGAGACGGAAAUCUCGGACGUGCCGGCCCUGGCCGGCUAUCUGCAGCUGACCGAGCUGGACUGGAAGUACCAGACCACGCCCUCGUCCACCCGCCAGUACUGCCAGGCGAUGAAGGGCGACCGCUGCUUCUGGCCGCGGGGCAAGGUCCUGGGCGGCAGCUCGGUCCUCAACGCCAUGGUGUACGUUCGGGGCUCCAAGAACGACUACAACCACUGGGCCUCGCUGGGCAAUCCCGGCUGGGACUACGACAACAUGCUCAAGUACUUCCUCAAGUCGGAGGACGUGCGCAACCCCUACCUGGCCAAGACGCCCUACCACGAGACGGGUGGCUACCUGACGGUGCAGGAGGCGCCCUGGCGCACCCCGCUCUCGAUCGCCUUCCUGCAGGCCGGUAUGGAGAUGGGCUACGAGAACCGUGACAUCAACGGCGCCCAGCAGACGGGCUUCAUGCUCACCCAGAGCACCAUACGGCGCGGGGCACGCUGCUCCACGGGCAAGGCCUUUAUCCGGCCUGUGCGCCAGCGACCCAACCUGGACGUCCUGCUCCACGCGGAGGCCACCAGGGUGCUGUUCGACAAGCAGAAGCGGGCCAUCGGAGUGGAGUACCUGCGCGGCGGCCGGAAGCAGCUGGUCUUCGUCCGCCGUGAAGUGGUCGUGAGUGCCGGAGCCCUCAACUCUCCCAAGCUGCUGAUGCUCUCGGGCGUAGGGCCGGCGGAGCACCUACAGGAGCACAACAUUCCGGUCGUCUCGGACCUGCCGGUGGGCAACAAUAUGCAGGACCACGUAGGCCUCGGCGGCCUCACCUUCGUUGUGGACGCCCCCCUGACCGUCACCCGCAACCGCUUCCAGACCAUUCCCGUCUCCAUGGAGUACAUACUGAGGGAGCGCGGCCCGAUGACCUUCUCGGGCGUCGAGGGCGUGGCCUUCCUGAACACCAAGUACCAAGACCCCGCGGUGGACUGGCCCGACGUCCAGUUCCACUUCUGCCCGAGCUCCAUAAACUCGGACGGCGGCGAGCAGAUCCGCAAGAUCCUCAACCUGCGGGACGGCUUCUACAACACAGUCUACAAGCCGCUGCAGCACAGCGAGACCUGGUCGAUCCUGCCGCUCCUGCUGCGCCCCAAGAGCACCGGCUGGGUGCGCCUCAACUCGCGCAACCCCCAGCAGCAGCCGAAGAUCAUACCCAACUACUUCGCCCACCAGGAGGACGUCGACGUCCUGGUCGAGGGCAUUAAGCUGGCCAUUAACGUGUCCAACACCCAGGCCUUCCAGCGCUUCGGCUCCCGGCUGCACAACAUCCCGCUGCCGGGCUGCCGGCACCUGCCCUUCCAGUCGGACGAGUACUGGGCCUGCUGCAUCAAGGAGUUCACCUUCACCAUCUACCAUCCGGCCGGCACCUGUCGCAUGGGCCCCAGCUGGGACGUCACCGCGGUGGUGGAUCCCCGCCUGCGGGUGUACGGCGUGUCCGGCGUCCGCGUGGUGGACGCCAGCAUUAUGCCGACGAUCGUCAAUGGGAACCCCAACGCCCCCGUGAUCGCCAUCGGCGAGAAGGCCUCCGACCUGAUCAAGGAAGACUGGGGCGCCCGCCGGCCAAACCCCUCGUAGUCCUAAGUGUGUCAAGCCCCCAAUUCCCCCCCUGUAUUCGCCUAUCACUAAUUUAUAUUCUCAACUAGUCAAAUGUCGGUUAUUUAAUGUUAUUGCUUCGCGUUCUGUUCGGCGACUUCCUCGUUUUGUUUGCAGCUUAAAGAUAUGCUUAGUUACGAAUAGUUAAGAGUACGACUUCCCACAUUCCACU